AUGUCCAGCUCGCCGCUGUCCAAGAAACGUCGCGUGUCCGGGCCUGAUCCAAAGCCGGGUUCUAACUGUUCCCCUGCUCACUCCGUGUUGUCCGAAGUGCCCUCGGUGCCAACCAACGGAAUGGCGAAGAACGGCAGUGAAGCAGACAUAGAUGAGGGCCUUUACUCCCGGCAGCUGUACGUGUUGGGCCACGAAGCAAUGAAGCGGCUCCAGACAUCCAGCGUACUGGUAUCAGGCCUUCGGGGCCUGGGCGUGGAAAUUGCCAAGAACAUCAUCCUUGGUGGGGUCAAGGCUGUCACCCUACAUGACCAGGGCACUGCCCAGUGGGCUGACCUCUCCUCCCAGUUUUACCUGCGGGAGGAGGACAUCGGUAAAAACCGGGCUGAGGUCUCACAGCCCCGCCUUGCUGAGCUCAACAGCUACGUGCCUGUCAGCGCCUAUACCGGGCCCCUCGUCGAGGACUUCCUUAGUGGCUUCCAGGUGGUGGUCCUCACCAACACCCCGCUGGAGGACCAGCUGCGGGUGGGUGAGUUCUGUCAUAGCCGUGGCAUCAAGCUGGUGGUGGCAGACACGAGGGGCCUAUUUGGGCAGCUCUUCUGUGACUUUGGAGAGGAAAUGAUCCUCACAGAUUCCAAUGGGGAGCAGCCACUCAGUGCUAUGGUUUCUAUGGUCACCAAGGACAGCCCCGGUGUGGUUACCUGCCUGGAUGAGGCUCGACAUGGGUUUGAGAGUGGCGACUUUGUCUCCUUUUCAGAAGUACAGGGCAUGAUUGAACUCAACGGAAGUCAGCCCAUGGAGAUCAAAGUCCUGGGUCCUUACACCUUUAGCAUUUGUGACACCUCCAACUUCUCCGACUACAUCCGUGGAGGCAUUGUCAGUCAGGUCAAAGUACCUAAGAAGAUCAGCUUUAAAUCAUUGCUGGCUUCACUGGCAGAGCCGGACUUUGUGAUGACAGAUUUCGCCAAGUAUUCCCGCCCUGCCCAGCUGCACAUUGGCUUCCAGGCCCUACACCAGUUCUGUGCUCAGCACGGUCGGCCCCCUCGGCCUCGCAAUGAGGAGGAUGCAGCAGAGCUGGUGACCCUAGCACAGGCUGUGAAUGCUCGAGCCCUGCCAGCAGUGCAGCAGGACAACCUGGAUGAAGACCUCAUCCGGAAGCUGGCAUACGUGGCUGCAGGGGAUCUGGCGCCCAUAAACGCCUUCAUUGGGGGCCUGGCUGCCCAGGAGGUCAUGAAGGCCUGCUCUGGGAAGUUCAUGCCCAUCAUGCAGUGGCUAUACUUUGAUGCCCUGGAGUGUCUCCCUGAGGACAAAGAGGCUCUCACAGAGGACAAGUGCCUGCCGCGCCAGAAUCGUUAUGAUGGGCAGGUGGCUGUAUUUGGCUCAGACCUGCAGGAAAAGUUGGGCAAACAGAAAUACUUCCUGGUGGGUGCAGGGGCCAUUGGCUGUGAACUCCUCAAGAACUUUGCCAUGAUUGGGCUGGGCUGCAGAGAGGGUGGAGAAAUCGUUGUCACAGACAUGGACACCAUUGAGAAGUCAAAUCUGAACCGACAGUUUCUGUUCCGGCCCUGGGACGUCACGAAGUUGAAGUCUGACACGGCCGCAGCAGCUGUGCGCCAGAUGAAUCCACACAUCCAGGUGACAAGCCACCAGAACCGUGUGGGCCCUGACACGGAGCGUAUCUAUGAUGACGAUUUCUUCCAAAACCUGGAUGGUGUGGCCAAUGCCCUGGACAACGUGGAUGCCCGCAUGUACAUGGAUCGCCGCUGUGUGUACUACCGUAAGCCACUGCUGGAGUCAGGCACACUGGGCACCAAGGGCAACGUGCAGGUGGUGAUCCCCUUCCUAACAGAGUCAUACAACUCUAGCCAGGACCCACCUGAGAAGUCCAUCCCCAUCUGCACGCUGAAGAACUUCCCCAACGCCAUCGAGCACACCCUGCAGUGGGCUCGGGAUGAGUUUGAAGGCCUCUUCAAGCAGCCAGCAGAAAACGUCAACCAGUACCUCACAGACCCCAAGUUUGUGGAGCGGACCCUGCGGCUGGCAGGCACCCAACCCCUGGAGGUGCUGGAGGCCGUGCAGCGCAGCCUGGUGCUGCAGCGGCCACAGACCUGGGCCGACUGUGUGACCUGGGCCUGCCACCACUGGCACACCCAAUACUCGAACAACAUCCGGCAGCUGCUGCACAACUUUCCUCCCGACCAGCUCACAAGCUCGGGAGCUCCAUUCUGGUCUGGGCCCAAACGCUGUCCGCACCCGCUCACCUUUGAUGUCAACAAUCCCCUGCACCUGGACUACGUCAUGGCUGCUGCCAACCUGUUUGCCCAGGCCUAUGGGCUGAUGGGCUCUCGGGACCGAGCUGCUGUGGCCACACUCCUACAGUCUGUGCAGGUCCCCGAGUUCACUCCCAAGUCUGGCGUCAAGAUUCACGUCUCUGACCAGGAGCUGCAGAGCGCCAAUGCCUCUGUUGAUGACAGCCGUCUAGAGGAGCUCAAGGCCACACUGCCCAGUCCAGAAAAGCUCCGUGGGUUCAAGAUGUACCCCAUCGACUUUGAGAAGGAUGAUGACAGCAACUUCCAUAUGGAUUUCAUUGUGGCUGCAUCCAAUCUCCGGGCAGAGAACUAUGACAUUCCCCCUGCAGACCGGCACAAGAGCAAGCUGAUUGCAGGGAAGAUAAUCCCAGCCAUUGCCACGACCACAGCAGCUGUGGUUGGUCUUGUGUGUCUGGAGCUCUACAAGGUGGUGCAGGGGCACCGACAGCUUGACUCCUACAAGAAUGGUUUCCUCAACUUGGCCCUGCCCUUCUUUGGCUUCUCUGAACCCCUUGCCGCACCCCGUCACCAGUACUAUAACCAAGAGUGGACGUUGUGGGAUCGCUUUGAGGUACAGGGGCUGCAGCCUAAUGGUGAAGAGAUGACCCUCAAACAGUUCCUUGACUUCUUCAAGACAGAGCAUAAAUUGGAGAUCACCAUGCUGUCCCAGGGUGUGUCUAUGCUCUACUCCUUCUUCAUGCCAGCCGCCAAGCUCAAGGAACGGUUGGACCAGCCGAUGACAGAGAUCGUAAGCCGUGUGUCGAAGCGAAAGCUGGGCCGCCAUGUGCGGGCGCUGGUGCUUGAGCUGUGCUGCAACGACGAGAGCGGCGAGGAUGUUGAGGUCCCCUAUGUACGAUACACCAUUCGCUGACCCCCACCCACUCCUGUAGACUGGCCCCAGCCCACCCACCUCCAGACCCCUUCCAGCCCAGGGCUCCCAUUUGGCCUCUGGCAGUGGCCCAGCUAGCCAAGCCUGGUGUUCCCUCCUCAUCCCCUACGUAAAUCCCUCUGGCCGCUGCUUUCUACCUUGUUUGGAGCCUGAAUCCUAAUAAAGAAUUAUUAACCCAGA